AUGAGCAGGCGACAUCCGCGUGUAUCAAUUGACACCAGACAAAACGACACCCUCCUCGAGUUCGAGAACUUCAAGAAGAAAUUCCUACUUGCGAACAAGCAUAUUACCAAGCUCAAUUCAACACUCAGUGUUCGUAUCGAGGAACUCAAUGCCCAGAUAUCCACGCUAUACGUCGAGAACUUGCGGCUCCGCGCCUCUGAGAUCGCACUAUCCUCACAGUUGAAAAAGGAGCGAGAGAGGUCGAGGAAGAUCAUAGCGGAUGCGGAGGCAGCGACACACAGUCUCAUCAAGCAACUGGGACAUAUCCGCAAGACUUUCAACGUGCAACGCUCCCCGAGUCCUGAGGUAUCGCCUCCGCCACCACGCGCGAAACGACCCGUUCCAGGUCCCAACUUAUCGCCACUGCCGCCUCGCCUUGCCAGAGCGCCAACAUUCCCAGGUAUUUCCGAGGAGGAUGAAAUGAACAUCUCGCCCCCGGAGGCUGACGUAGAAGAAGGCGGCAAGAAUCUUACGCCGGUCCGACGUCGGAAGUCCAAGCCACGUUCGUCGGAUCCUCGCUUCUACAUUCCACCACGAACGGACUCUUUAUCAUCCAGUCUCGAUGCUCCUCGUCUCGAUUUUGACAACCAGCUCAACAAGGUUGGAAAGCGAAAACCGACAAGGAGGCAGAGUGGACUACUCACCAGCAUGUCGAUCACGACCGUUACACCAACCGGAUUCACCACGGAAGUCGUCCCCCCACGACCGCCAAGCCCCGCGUUCGGUUCACCAUUCAGGCUUUCAGCUGGUAUAGAAGAAGAAGCAGAGGAAGCGGCGAUAGGGAACGAGGAUGGGGAAGAAGUUGAAGUGAUUCUGAAAAGCAUCAGCAGAACUGAGAAAGAGCGAAGGAGGGAGCGUGAAAUCGAAGGAGAUUUAGACAGAGAAAUUGGCGCUGUUGAUGACCGGCCAAGAGAACGGGAGCGGAAGCGACCAAGAAGUUCGGAUGAAUCUGUCCCAGCGGGCGGCAAAUCCAAAGUGAAGGAUGGCGCAAACGCUCGAGGAAUUUAUAACGCACAGCCACCUUCGGAGUCUCGCAAUAAUCUUCAGCGGCGACUUACUUCCGAGUAUGACGUACCGACGAUCGGCAAUGCCGGUUUUACAAGUUCAUCUUCGACUUCUGCGCGAUCAUCGAUGCACAUAGCCACCGCUAGAUCAACUAUAACCAGCGUCACGCAAGGUGUCCCGUUGCCGACCCCGCGAUCGUCAAGCCCUGCUCCUGCGCCCGCUCCGACUGACGAAGAGCCGCCAGCUGGACGCGAAAGGAGGGUCCGAAAGAGCAUCAACUACGCUGAACCAAAGCUCAACACCAAAAUGCGUAAACCGGACCCUGCACCUACUGCGCUCAAGCGCGUGGCCUCUUCGUCCUCAAGUGACAGUAACAGCGCCGGUUCCCGCGCCUCGCCCGAAUACGUCUCCUCGCAACAGGUGUCAUCCAUGAUAGAUGUAGGCACCUCUGCGCAGCCGGUGGUGGGCGUCAAGCGCAAGAAGUCCCGCGCGUACGUCCUGCAGGAGGAUGGGGAGGAAAGUGAGGGUGCGCAAGCCGAUGCAGAAUUUGGCGGUCUGAGAGGAGGAAGCGGCUGGGUCAACCUGGAUGGGAGAAGACGCAGCGUUCACGGCAGCUCGAGCUUACGGCGCAUCGAGGGCGACGAUACCAGGCGACACAGCAUGGCUGUCUAG